AAAUGUAGUUCAGCAAAUGAAGGCCGCGGCGCAAAGCUCUCUGGGGCUGGUGGUUCGAAGGGUCCUAAGGAAAAGCUGAGCUGCGUCCAGUCCAGCUGGAUGUUUCCCCAGAGGAGCUCGGGGUCCCGCACGGCUCAGUCCCUGCUCCGCUUCGCUCCGCGGGGCAUUCUGGGAGGGGACGUCGUGGGUCUCGGGUCGCUGGGAGGGUUUCCAGAGCCCGCGGCGCCGGGAGGACAUUGUUCUCCAAAAGAGAAGAUUAAAGAAGAAAGGAAGAAUGGCUGUUGGACUUUGUAAAGCCAUGUCUCAAGGUUUGGUGACCUUCCGAGAUGUGGCUCUAGAUUUUUCCCAAGAGGAAUGGGAAUGGCUGGACCCAUCUCAGAAGGAUUUAUACAGAGAUGUCAUGUUGGAGAACUACAGGAACUUGGUAUGGCUUGGACUCUCCAUUUCUAAGCCCAACAUGAUCUCCUUAUUGGAGCAAGGGAAGGAACCUUGGAUGGUGGAGAAAGAGAUGUCAGAUGGUCAAUAUGCUGACUGGGAGUCUUGGUAUGAAAUCAAGGAAUUACCUCCAAAAUGGUACAUUGAUGAAGAGGAAAUAUCCCAGGGCAUGGUAAUGGAAAGACUUACAAGUUAUAACCUUGAAUAUUCCAGUUUCAGAGAAGCCUGGAAAUACGAGGGUGAAUUUGAGCGGCAUCAACAAAAUCAGGAGAGGCAUUUCAGGCAAGUGACAACUCUUAGGGAAAUCCCUGCUGUGAAAAGAGACAAUAAAUAUAACAAUUCUGAGAGAAGUGUUCUCUUGAAGUCAGUACUUGCGACACAAGAGAGAGUUCCCACAGUAGAGCAAAUGCAUAAAUUUGAUAUUUAUGAUAAAAUGUUUCCCCCAAAUUCCAUCCUAAUUGAACAUAAAAGAUUACCUGCUGAGAAAGAAUCUUUGAUAGAUAAUGAAUGUGAAGAAUUCAACCAGAAUACAUACCUUAGUAAAGAUAUAGGAAGUCCUCCUGGGGAGAAACCUUAUGAAAGUAAUGAUUUUUCAAAUCUCUUAAGUUUCCAUUCAUUACUUACUCAACAUCAGACGACUCAUUUUGGAAAAUUACCACAUGGAUUCAAUGAAUGUGAUGAUGCCUUUAGCUGUUACUCAUUCUUUACUCAACCUCAGAGAAUUCACAGUGGAGAGAAACCAUACGCAUGCAAUGACUGUGGAAAAGCCUUUAGCCAUGACUUCUUUCUCAGUGAACAUCAAAGAACUCAUAUUGGAGAGAAACCCUAUGAGUGUAAGGAAUGUAACAAAGCUUUCAGACAGAGUGCACACCUUGCUCAACAUCAGAGAAUCCACACCGGAGAGAAACCCUUUGCAUGCAAUGAAUGUGGGAAGGCCUUUAGCCGUUAUGCCUUCCUUGUUGAACAUCAGAGAAUUCACACAGGGGAGAAACCAUAUGAAUGUAAGGAAUGUAACAAAGCCUUCAGACAGAGCGCACACCUCAAUCAACAUCAGAGAAUUCACACCGGAGAGAAACCCUAUGAAUGUAAUCAAUGUGGAAAAGCCUUCAGCAGACGCAUUGCCCUUACUCUGCAUCAAAGGAUUCAUACAGGAGAGAAACCCUUUAAAUGUAAUGAAUGUGGGAAGACUUUUGGCUAUCGCUCACACCUUAAUCAACAUCAGAGAAUUCAUACAGGUGAAAAGCCCUAUGAAUGCAUCAAAUGUGGGAAGUUUUUUAGGACUGACUCACAACUUAAUCGACAUCAUAGAAUACAUACUGGAGAGAGACCUUUUGAAUGCAGUAAAUGUGGGAAAGCCUUCAGUGAUGCUUUAGUUCUGAUUCAUCAUAAGAGAAGUCAUGCAGGAGAGAAACCCUAUGAAUGUAACAAAUGUGGGAAGGCCUUCAGUUGUGGCUCAUACCUUAAUCAACAUCAGAGAAUUCAUACUGGAGAGAAACCCUAUGAAUGUAAUGAAUGUGGGAAGGCUUUCCAUCAGAUCUUGUCCCUUAGGCUACACCAGAGAAUUCAUGCUGGAGACAAACCCUAUAACUGCAGUGAAUGUGGGACUAAUUUUAGCUGUGCCUCAGCCCUUAGACGACAUCAGAAAAUUCAUAAUAAAGAAACUCUCUGAUUAUAACAAGUAUAAGGAAGAAAACAGUCACCACUCAGUCCUUAUUAAAUAAAUAUCAAUUAAUUCUUUGGUUAAUGAUUCUAUGAAUGUAGUAAAUAUGGAAAAAGCCUUCAGUUUAUGAGCAUCCCUUAUUUGAAAUAGCCUGAAUAGUAGACAUCUGUUACUUUUGGAUCUGUUCUAUGCCCCGUUUGAAAUUUACCUCACCCUCAUUGCGUAUCAUUCUGAUGAAACUAUUAAUCAGGGAAAGCAGUGGAUUGGUCAUGGGCUGGCCACAAGCUAGUUAAUAAGGGAUUGGCAGAUGGCCUUGUCUGGACCACUAGAACCCUAUAACAGGGUAUUGUUAUGGAUAGUCAGAGAAGAUAAUGUUUUUCCUGGAAUUGCAAGCUGCAAGGACUUUUUUUCAAGGUUAAAAACUCACCAGUAGCCUUUUUGCCACUACAUGAGGAAAGCCUUCCCAGGAUCAGUCCAACACAGAGAGACAGAAAUCUGAUGACAUUGUUUUAUCUUCUCAAUUCAAUCAUGCCUGAAGUCUAUACCAUCUUUUACUUUUUCAUUUUUGUGAUACAAUAAAUUUCCUUUUUUUGCUUAA